UUUCGUUUGUGGCUAGAAAACAUGGAUGGACCAGUAGAGAACAUUGCGGGACAUGAUGAUGGCGGGAUGGCUGUAAAUCCUUACGAUGGAGAACAGCCAAACCCAUACAACGAUGUGGAGAAGCAGUACGGUGAAGAGCUGGGUAAUCAGUACGACGAACAACCUGGUGCCCAGUAUGAUGAUGGGUCUGGGAACCUGUACAACGAAGAGCAGGCAAACUUGUUCAGCGAGGAAACCGGGAAUCAGUACAAUGAGGAGCCGGCAAAUUCUUACCAGGAAGAGCUGGAGAAUGCAUACAGCAUUGAGGAUACGAGCCGACAGGACAACUCGCAGGUUAACGUUGAGGAUAACAGAUGGCCUGGUUGGCCAGGAGAGAGUGUUUUUCGUAUACUGGUUCCAGCCCAGAAGGUAGGAGCUAUCAUUGGCCGCAAAGGGGAGUUUAUCAAGAAGAUGUGUGAGGAGUCUAAAGCGCGCAUCAAAAUACUUGAUGGCCCACCUGGUGUACCAGAAAGAGCGGUAAUGGUUUCAGCAAAGGAUGAACCAGAUGCACCAGUAUCUCCAGCUAUGGAUGGUUUACUUAGAGUUCAUAAAAGAAUAACUGAUAGUUCAGAUGGUGAAUCUGGUCAGCCUCAAAGAAGUGCUGGUAAUAUUGGACCAACACGGCUUCUGGUUCCAGCUUCGCAAGCUGGCAGCCUUAUUGGAAAGCAGGGAGCAACUAUUAAAUCCAUACAAGAUUCUUCAAAGUCUGUUGUCCGUAUUGUUGAGAAUGUGCCUCCUGUUGCGUUAAAUGAUGACAGAGUUGUGGAGAUACAAGGUGAGCCUCUUGGUGUCCACAAAGCAGUGGAAUUGAUAGCAAGUCACUUAAGAAAGUUUCUUGUUGAUCGCAGUGUUCUCCCAUUAUUUGAAACACAUAUGAAAAUGCACAGUAUGCAGAGGGAGCAACCAAUGCCACCUCCCCAGCAUUGGGGCCCUCCUCAACCCUGGGGUCCUCCUCCAAACCUACCUCCAGGUGGUCCAGGUUUUGGUGGAAAUCCACAGUUCAUGCCUCCAAGGCCACAAGACAAUUAUUAUCCUCCUCCUGAUGUCCCCCCUGCCCCUGUGGAAAAGCAGCCACACUAUGGUAUUUCUGCAUAUGGGCGCGAGGUCCCACCAAGCGGUGUUUCUGCAGCAGGCAAUCAACCGCCCUCUCAUGCAGGAUCCCAGGUGACGACACAUAACAUGCACAUUCCCCUUGCCUACGCUGAUGCUGUGAUUGGGGCAGCUGGUGCUAGCAUAAGCUAUAUCCGUAGGCACAGUGGUGCAACGGUAACUAUUCAAGAAAGCAGAGGUGCACCUGGAGAGAUGGCUGUGGAGAUAAUUGGGACUGCAUCUCAAGUUCAAACUGCCCAGCAACUGGUCCAGAAUUUCAUGGCAGAAGCUGCUACCCCAGGCCCACCGCCAGCUUCUAACCCUCCUGCUCCGCCAGUUGAUCCAAGCUACGGCUCCUACCCACCACCAUACGGAGCCGCUCCAUCCUAUGGUUCUUCGGCCGCUGCGGGCCCUCCUCCGCAGUACAACGGAGGGAGCUACGGUGGCCCGACCUACCCUCCUAGCUAUGGUUAUUAGUAGGCAGUAGCAGCACUCUAAGGGUUUGUUAUCUUCCUUUUCCUGGUGUGAUGGCAAGGAUUUGGUUCCGAAUAAUGGCAGUGCAGUGCUGUAUGCUCUCCUAUCCUUUCUCAUAAAGAUUAUUACAUUAGACACGUUUAUGUGUUGCAUGCUUGAUUAGUGUUCUGGGUA